UGUGGUUAUGUCAGAGCUGAAAAGCUGUGGUUAUGUUUACAUUGGUAGUUAGGUUAUGUUUAACAUUUCCCAGAAAAAUUAAACAGAAUUUAAAAUGAAUUUAUAGAUUUCCUCACGUUUUUAGACAUUGACUUGAAAACACGUUAUAAUGGACAAAAUAGCCACAGCUAACAUUAAAACGGUUUCCAGACUGUUAUUUGAUGGUAUAAUCAAACCUACAGAUUUAACAAAAUCAUCAAUAAAAAAGGCUUAUGAAAACCAAAACCUUAACGCUUUCAUUACAAUUACCAAUGAAGUUGCCAAAACUCAAUCAGAAAACUCUUUGGAGAGGUAUAAAGCAAAAAAACCUUUAUCAGACUUGGAUGGUCUGCCUAUAGCAAUCAAAGAUAAUUUCUGCACAGAAAACAUAAAAACAACAUGUGCCUCAAAAAUGCUGGAAAACUUCGUUCCUGCUUAUAACGCCACAGUAUAUGAGAAACUUGCCAAUGCAGGAGCUAUUUUAAUUGGUAAAACGAAUUUGGACCAAUUCGCAAUGGGUUCAGGUACCAUUGACUCAAUAUUUGGACCUACCAGAAACAUUUGGGGUUCCACAGAUAGUGAUUUUCGUAUAUGUGGGGGCAGUAGCGGUGGGAGUGCUGUAGCAGUCGCUUCUGGAACUUGCUUUGCUGCAAUUGGCUCUGAUACCGGUGGUUCCACAAGAAAUCCAGCUUCUUACUGUGGCAUAGUGGGUCUGAAACCAACAUACGGACUAGUGUCCCGCUCUGGACUGAUCCCUCUUGUGAAUUCGAUGGACGUACCUGGAAUACUAGCCAGAACAGUUGAUGAUGUAGUUUCUGUACUGAACAUAAUCGCAGGGUUUGAUCCCAAAGACUCGACGUCUCUGACCAAGCCAUAUCGAAAAGUAAGAUUACCACCUGCUGAAAAAAUGAGCAUCAAGGGAUUGAAAAUUGGCAUACCAUUGGAGUAUAACUCGGAGCAUCUCAGUGAUGAAGUCUCGGAUACUUGGAAUGAGGUUGCUGCAUUUCUGAGUCAAGAAGGUGCAGUAGUGAAACAGGUCUCGAUGCCCAACACAGAACACAGUAUCGUCUGUUAUUCGAUACUGAAUCAGUGUGAAGUUGCUAGUAAUAUGGCUCGAUAUGAUGGCAUUGAAUAUGGUUUUCGUGCAGAUGAACAUUCGUCUACUGAAAAAUUGUACGCUCUUAGUAGGCGUUUUGGGUUCAAUGACGUCGUGAAGAAUAGAAUACUAACAGGAAACUAUUUUCUACUUUCUAGGAAUUACAAGAAGUACUUUGAACAGGCUCUCAAAACUAGGAGAUUGAUUUCAAAUGAUUUCGACAAUGUGUGGAACGAUGUUAGUUUGUUACUCACGCCUACUACCCUGUCGGAAGCCCCCUUGUACAGUAAGUUCGUUGAAAGAACAAAUAGGGAUCAGUGUGCGACUCAGGAUUACUGCACGCAACCUUCUAAUAUGGCUGGAGUUCCUGCUAUCUCAGUACCCGUUAAAUUAUCCAAAAACGGCCUUCCGCUGAGUCUGCAACUGAUAGGUAAAAAUUUGAGUGAACCACUACUGCUCGCUGUAGCCAAGUAUAUUGAAAAUGCUGUUAAAUUUCCUCAUAUUUGUUAUAAUUUGUGAUUAUUACAAGUGUCUUUAUAUUGAUAAUAAACACAUUAAAAAUCUUUA